CGCUUCACCUUCUUUCCGGAUCUGAAGACUGACCGCUCUUUCAGAAAGCGCUGUCCUGACUAAAUUCGUCUGCCCUGCUAUAGCGGGGAGCUUUUUUCCCCAGAGAGGACGAGCCUGGGCAGGCGGAGGGGUGAAACUACAUUUCCCAGGGUGCGCCGCAACGGGUCGCGCAGCCCCCGCGUUCAAGGGCCGGCCGAGCCUAGCGCUGGCGGAGUCAGGAAGCCCCUCAAUUUUGUCCAGAAUGGAGCAGCCCAAAGGGGUUGAUUGGACGGUCGUCAUCCUUACAUGCCAGCACAAGGACAGUGUCGAGGUCUUCCAGAGAGAGCUGGAAGUGCGCCAGAAACGAGAGCAGAUCCCCAAGGGAACCUUGGUGCUGGCCGUGGAGGACCCUGAGACUCGUGUGGGCAGCGGGGGAGCCACCCUCAAUGCCCUGCUGGUGGCUGCCGAGCACCUGAGUGCCCGGGCAGGCUUCACGGUGGUCACAUCCGAUGUCCUGCACUCGGCCUGGAUCCUCAUCCUGCACACAGGCCGAGACUUCCCCUUUGAUGACUGCGGCCGGGCCUUCACCUGCCUCCCUGUGGAGAACCCGCAGGCCCCUGUGGAGGCUGUGGUCUGCAACCUGGACCACUUGCUGGACAUCAUGAGCUAUCAGCUGGGCCCAGGCUCCCCGCCAGGUGUGUGGGUCUGCAGCACGGACAUGCUGCUGUCUGUUCCUCCCAACCCAGGGAUCAGCUGGGAUGGCUUCCAGGGAGCCAGAGUGAUCGCCUUUCCAGGGAGUGUGGCCUAUGCCCGGAACCAUGGCGUCUACCUCACCGACCCCCAGGGCUUCGUUUCAGACAUUUACUACCGGGGCACCGAGGCGGAGGUACAGCGGUGCACCAGGCCUGAUGGGCGGGUGCCACUGGUCUCUGGGGUCGCCUUUUUCUCUGUGGAGACUGCUGAGCACCUCCUUGCCACCCAUGUGAGCUCACCCCUGGAUGCCUGCACCUACAUGGGCUUGGACUCUGGAGCCCGGCCUGUCCAGCUGUCUCUAUUUUUUGACAUUCUGCUGUGCAUGGCCCGGAACGUGAGCAGAGAGAACUUCCUGGUGGGACGGCCCCCAGAGAUGGGGCAAGGUGAUGCAGACGUCACAGGCUAUCUUCAGGGUGCCCGGGCUGAGCUGUGGAGGCAGCUUCGUGACCAGCCCCUCACAAUGGCAUAUAUCCCCGACGGCAGCUACAGCUACAUGACCAACUCGGCCAGUGAGUUCCUGCACAGCCUCACGUUCCCUGGGGCUCCGAGGGCCCAGGUCGUGCACUCCCAAGUAGAGGAGCCGCAGCUACUGGGGGCUGGGAGCUCUGUGAUCAGCUGUCUGCUGGAGGGCCCUGUCCGGCUGGGUCCUGGGAGUGUCCUGCAGCACUGCCAUCUCCAGGGCCCCAUUCACAUCAGCACUGGUUGCUUCCUGAGUGGCCUGGACACGGCUCAGUCUGAGGCCCUGCAUGGCAUGGAGCUGCGUGACCUUGUCCUGCGGGGGCACCACUUGCGGCUGCACGGCACCCCUGUCCGUGCCUUCACCCUCGUUGGCCGUCUGGACAGCUGGGAAAGGCAGGGGACAGGAACGUAUCUCAACAUGCCCUGGAGUGAGUUCUUCCAGAAGACAGGCAUUCGAAACUGGGACCUGUGGGACCCAGACACGCCCCCGACAGAGCGUUGCCUUCCCAGUGCCCGCCUGUUUCCUGUGCUCCACCCCUCAAGGGCCGUGGGGCCCCGGGACAUGCUGUGGAUGUUAGACCCCCAGGAGGAUGGGGGUGAGGCCCUGUGGGCCUGGAGGGCCUCCUGGCGCCUGUCCUGGGAGCAGCUGCAGCCGUGUCUGGACCGGGCUGCCACACUGGCCUCCCGCCGGGACCUGUUCUUCCACCAGGCCCUGCAUAAGGCACGCAGCGUGCUUGAGGCCCAGCAGGACCUCAGCCUGCGCCCGCUGAUCUGGGCCGCUGUCCGUGAGGGUUGUCCUGGGCCCUUGCUGGCCACGUUGGACCAGGUUGCAGCUGGCGCAGCAGAUCCAGGCGUGGCGGCCCGAGCGCUGGCCUGUGUGGCAGAUGUACUGGGUUGUAUGGCAGAAGGCCGAGGUGGUUUACGGAGUGGGCCUGCUGCCAAUCCCGAGUGGAUUCGGCCCCUCUCGUACCUGGAGUGUGGAGACCUGGCUGAGGGUGUGAAGGCACUUGCCCAGGAGCGGGACAAGUGGCUGAGCAGACCGGCCUUGCUAGUGCGAGCUGCUCGCCACUACGAGGGGGCCCAGCAGAUCCUGAUCCGCCAGGCUGUGAUGUCAGCCCAGCGCUUUGUCUCCACACAGCCCGUGGAGCUGCCGGCACCUGGGCAGUGGGUGGUGGCUGAGUGCCCAGCUCGCGUGGAUUUCUCUGGAGGAUGGAGCGACACGCCACCCCUUGCCUAUGAGCUUGGUGGGGCAGUGCUGGGCCUGGCUGUGCGAGUGGACGGCCGUCGGCCCAUUGGGGCCAGGGCUCGCCACAUCUCAGAGCCCGAGCUGUGGCUGGCAGCGGGGCCUCGGCAGGAUGAGAUGGCCAUGAAGAUUGUGUGCCGGAGCCUGGAGGACCUGCAGGACUACUGCCAGCCCCAAGCUCCAGGGGCCCUGCUGAAGGCAGCCUUUAUCUGUGCGGGGAUCGUGCAUGUCCACUCCAAGCUCUCGCUGAGUGAGCAGUUGCUGCGCACCUUUGGGGGUGGCUUCGAGCUGCACACCUGGUCUGAGCUGCCCCAUGGCUCUGGCCUUGGCACCAGCAGCAUCUUGGCAGGCACUGCCCUGGCCGCCUUGCAGCGGGCGGCAGGCCGGAUGGUGAGCCCAGAGGCCCUUAUCCACGCAGUGCUGCACCUGGAGCAGAUGCUCACCACAGGAGGUGGCUGGCAGGACCAAGUGGGUGGCCUAAUGCCUGGCAUCAAGGUGGGGCGCUCCCGGGCUCAGCUGCCACUGAAGGUUGAGGUGGAGGAGAUCACUGUGCCUGAGGGCUUUGUCCAGACGCUCAAUGACCACUUGCUCCUGGUGUACACUGGCAAGACCCGCCUGGCUCGCAACCUGCUGCAGGAUGUGCUGAGGAACUGGUAUGCCCGGCUGCCUGCUGUCGUGCAGAAUGCUCACAGCCUGGUGCGGCACGCAGAGGAGUGCGUGGAAGCCUUCCACCAAGGAAGCCUGCCUCUGCUGGGCCAGUGCCUGACCUUGUACUGGGAGCAGAAGAAGCUCAUGGCUCCAGGCUGUGAGCCCCUGGUUGUACGGCGAAUGAUGGAUGUCCUGGCCCCCCACGUGCAUGGCCAGAGCCUGGCAGGGGCAGGUGGUGGGGGCUUUCUCUACCUGUUGACCAAGGAGCCAAGGCAAAAGGAGGCUUUGGAGGCUGUGCUUGCCAAGACUGAGGGCCUCGGGAACUACAGCAUCCAUCUGGUAGAAGUGGAUAUGCAGGGCUUGAGCCUACAGCUGUUGGGGAGUGAGACCACAACCUGAUACCCCUUCCUGUGAGGCCGGUCCCUAUGCAAGAAAAAAUGUGGAGCAACAGCAGCCCCCCCAACCCCCUGCAGAGCACUCAGCCUCCUACUCCCCACCCACCUCUUUAUGAAUCUGCUCCCAAAGGAAGCUAACCCGAGUUUGAGCCCAGCCCCUUCUGAAGCCUGGUGAAACGGAGACCGUGCUGGGGAUCGGGGCUGUAACCUACUGGUUGACAGUGGCCUAGGCUUGGCCUCUGCUCCAUCUGGACAGAAGGUCCUAAGCUCAGUGUCCCUUGUGGCCUUUACAAAUCCCAUGGCCCAGCUGAAGCCUUGACCGUUUCACUCUCCACAAGGGCCCUGGAAGAAGGGGACGACAGCCUGCCUCAGCAGAUGGCUGGGUGCCUUGGGAAGGCUGACCCUUUUGAGGCAUUUCCUGUGUCCUUCCUUAGAGGCCAGCUUUUGCCUGAGUAGAGACUUCAUAUUUAACCCCCCAGGCUCACUUGCUGGGGGAGUGGAAGUAGGGGUGCGGUCUGUACCCAUGUCUGUGGCAGCGAGCCAGUGUAGGCUACAGCCAGUCACUGCCAACUCAGACCAUACCCAGUUAACGUGGACUGUGCCCGGUGACCCAGAGCCUGUGGGCAAUAGGUUUUCAGGACCAUGAUCUUCUGGGAAUAAAGUCAAUCUGCCCUUCAA